UUCUAAACAAUUACGGUCACGGGGUGCAUCGUUCGCGGUCGGUUACGAGGUGAUUUUGAUUUAAGAGUAGAAAUCGGAGUGAAUAUAUUCUGUAGGCUAAUAAAGAAGAUUAAUUUUACAAUCUCGUCGUUGAUAACAAAAAAAAAAAAAAUUAAGUAGGAGGAGUUUGAUCGCAUUACGUUAUCGGAGUUAAAUCUCCGUUUUCUUUUCUCGCAAGCUGAUGUCUCGUCAGCUCGUACGAUAGCAUCCUAGUGGCGAAAUAAAAAAGCAACGACCGUGCGGGAGGUAGCUGGCCAUCUUGGAAAACAGAUAUGGUUGUAUCGAGAGAAACGUCAACAGAAUUGUGUUUACCUCGUAUGAUACAUGCCGCGAGAGGUUUACUUUAAUUACCUUUGUAAUAGACUUAGCCUAAUCGCACGGAAGUGAGGCCGACACGGUGGCGUAUCUGACACGCGGACGUUAUCGCAAAAGGUGCGUAGCUUUGCUUCCAAAGGAUGAAUCGAGGUGACGGGUUGGUGCAGAGACGACGAGUGGUUAACAGUAGCAGCAGCAGUGGAUUCGGCCAGGAUGGUUCCAACGACCUUGGUCACAAUGACAAGUUGUCUGGUAACAGUAUGGACACCGACUGUUCCUCUCAAAAAGAUCUAAAUUCGAACCCUACGAUAGACGAUGAUUCAGAUAAAGAAACCAGAUUGACUCUUAUGGAAGAGGUUUUACUCCUUGGUCUUAAGGACAAGGAGGGUUAUACUUCGUUUUGGAACGAUUGCAUAAGCUCGGGCUUGCGUGGAUGUAUCUUGGCCGAGCUUGGAUUUCGCGGUCGUGUAGAGUUAGAAAAAGCUGGAAUGCGUAAGAAAGGUUUGUUGACAAGGAAACUACUCUUGAAAAACGACGCGCCUACAGGAGAUGUCUUGCUGGACGAAGCGUUGAAACAUUUAAAAGAUACAGAUCCUCCAGAGACUGUUCCAAGUUGGAUAGAAUAUUUAAGUGGUGAAACGUGGAAUCCUUUAAAGUUACGUUAUCAAUUAAAAAAUGUUAGAGAGAGAUUAGCUAAAAAUCUUGUAGAAAAAGGUGUAUUAACCACAGAAAAACAGAACUUCUUACUCUUUGAUAUGACAACUCAUCCUCUUACUGAUAACCUUGCCAAAAGUCGUCUUGUUAAAAAGAUUCAGGAGGCUGUGUUAGGUCGUUGGGUAAAUGAUGCAGGUCGUAUGGAUAGGCGGAUGUUAGCAUUAGUGAUUCUAGCCCAUGCGGCUGAUGUAUUAGAGAAUGCAUUUGCACCUCUUUGCGAUGACGAUUACGAAGUAGCGAUGCGCCGAGUUCGAACUUUGUUGGAUCUAGAUUUUGAAGCUGAAGCUGCUAAACCUAACGCCAAUCCCGUAUUAUGGGCUGUAUUUGCCGCAUUCACUAAGUAACACAGUUCUCAUGAAUUAAAAGUGUAACUUAUGAACAUUGGAUAAUAGUGUGAACAGUGGGAUUACCAAUUUUGCAUGUCUUUUAGUUGUAUACUUAAAAGAAAUAGUUACGAGAUCAUUGUUACAAUCAUAUGAUUCAGACCAAAUAACAAAUAGUUGACUGUAUGGAAAGCAGUGUAGGAUAUGUUAGUCAUUUUCAUUAUUAUUUAAUAUCUUUGAUAACUGAACUAUAUGUAAGUUCAGAUUGGUGACAUCGCAAAGUAACGAAAUUCCGGGUGUGAAUGUGCACUUCGAGUGUGAUUUAGUGCCAUGUAGGGUUUGAUAAAAAGUUCUCAUCGUACAGAAUUUUGUGAAAUAUUUAGUAUCUUCAUCUGUAUAGAAUUUCCACGUAUAUUUGUAGAUACAGCCUUAUGUGGUAAACUGUAUCUCUCAUGUUAUUUGCUACAUCAUUGACUGUUGCUUAAGAAUAAAAGACAAUAUAAGAGGCAGUAUAGCAAAUUGGAAAUAUUAUAAGAUUAAGUUCUAAUCGUUGGUGCCCCUCCCUACGGGCGUCUAUAUUGCAUUUGGAUAUAUCUUAUAGCGACGUUUUUUUCAAAUUGAUGCACAGAUUGAUAAGAUCACUGGGUGGCAGUAAAGCAAUCAUUUUUUGACAUAUAUGACCUGCAUUAUAGAAUUUUAUAAAGAAUAUCUUUUUUCAAUGCUUUAAAUAUUUUAUAUAUUUCGCAUUGUCAUUAAUUUUGUUAAUAUCUUUGAUGGAAUAUUUCCUUUAUAUUUGGAUUUUAUAGAGAAAGCACAAAAACGUAUACAUUGAUCUAUUUACUUUCAUGGAAAACAUAAGUGUUAAUGAUUGCAAUAUUAAUAUUAUCAUUCUUAGAGAUAAUUAUUAACAAAUAUUGACAUAUACAUUGCUUUUUCUAGAUAUAGAAAAAAUUUCAUUACGAUGCUUAUAUAAAAAAAAUAUUAUUGUAUAAAAAAUUAUUAAAUAUGGGAUUUAUUGGUUAAAGUAAUAAUUUAAAAAUAAGACAAGAUUUAGUUACCUAUAUAUCUAUCAAGAGGAUACAAUCAAUUCAAUUUAUACAUUUCGUACAUUUUAAAUUAUUAUUAGUAAGUUAAUUGUUGCUAUUUGAGUAUUAAUUUUAACAAGUAUUCAGUGAACUAUAAUAUCAUUGUUAUGUCAUAUAGUUAUACAUUUUUUUUUUUUUUUAUGCAGGUUACAAAAAAUUACACAAGUAUUUUAGUAAUCAUACUUAUUUUUAUGUAUUUUUAAAUGUAGUUAAGUCCCUUUUGUCUUCAUUAGAUUAGAAUAUUUUAUUACAUAGUUGUCCAUUUAACAGGAUGCAGAUAUCUAUUAUAAUUUAAUGCAAUAUAGUAUGCUACUUAUACAUAUUUUAAAUAGUAGCUUGCUGGACAAGCAGAUGUAACAGGUAUUAGCUGGUCAGGCAUUUAUUUUUGUUAGAUUGUUACUAGUAGACUUGUUUGCUUGUAACACUUCUAUAAAUUAUAAGCAGUUUUUUUCUUCUUUUGAAAUAACAUUCUUUUCAAUAUAAAUGCUGAAGUAAAAUGAUUUAGAUUAAUAUAAUCAAUUUAUUAUAUAUUUAUAUAUAUAUAAAAUAUAUAAUAUAUAAUAUAUUCUGUACACACAUACACACACUCGCCGCGCGCGUGCAUGUGUGCGUGUAUGUGUGUGUGUACAGAAGCUCUACUGCCACUUGGUCGAAAAGUUAGAAUAUUAUAUUCUCCAAUGAAAAAGGAAAUACACAUCACAAUACGUGCUCUGUUACAGUAAUAUUUUAAACAGUGACAUACAUACAUUUGCAAUUGAGUAUAUUUACAACCAUUUUUAAAUGAGGCCAUAUGUAGGAAUUUCUAAUUAAAAAUGAGAUCAUGAAGAAUACUUUUUUGUCUAUUUAUAUAUUUUGUAAUACUACAUCACAAAAUUCCCUAUAUAAUUGCUGAUUAUUAAUAAUAUUUAUAUAUUUAUAAAAAUCAUUGUACUUUUGCUAUCACAAGGGAAUAUAUCAGGUAUAUGUAAUAAUAGUAACAUUUCAUAAAUUUGUUCACUAAAAUUACUUAUAUUUGCAGCCUAAUAAUUUUUAUUUCAAAUGUACGAACUUUUACAUUUAUCAAUUUUAUUAGGAAAGCUCAUCACAAACAAUUUUCUACGCAUUGCCAUUUUGGAUAAUAGUCUGAAUAUAUGAAAGUAUAAUUAUCACAAAGAAGAGAUGCAAUUAUUUAUUUUAAGAUCUUUGUAGUAUAAUAUUUUGUUCCUUUAAAAAGCAGGGGUAAUUUCGUUACGAAUAUAAAGUAUAUAACAACAAUAGUAUAUUAACAGGAAUACGAUCAAAAUAAAAUCAAAUAUAUUUUCUGAAAUUCUAUCCCAUUUGUUUGAUCACUGUAAAUCACUUGUAAAUACUGCAUUAUAAAUUACUGUUAAUCGAGAUUUAUUAUUUCAGUUGCACCUCUAUAUGUAAUAUAUCCUUAUUAUAGAGAGUAAAUGAAAUAUACAUAUAUUAAGAAAUAAAACAAUUUUUUUUUGUGUAUGAUAAAAUAUAUUACUGUAAAUGAGAAUUCUAAUGAAAUAUUUGUAGAAUAGUACAUACCAUCGAAACAUGUUAUGCUGAUAAAAAUUUUUUAUAUAUUAUCAGUAAAAAAAUUGAGCAACAUAUAUAUAUAUAUAUAUAUAUACACACACACACACACACACACACUUAAGUCUUAGAAAUAUUAUAUUUUCUUUGCUUUUAUGAGAUUAGCUACUGAUACUGUGGUUAUUAAAAAAGAAAUUUGUGUAUAUUUAACGGUCUCGACACCAGUUAUAAGGAAAUAUUGUAUGCUUGAAAUAAGUGCAAAUAAUGAAACAUAUUGUAUAAAGGCAUGUGAAUAAAAAAGUAUGAUUAAGGCGGAGAGAACGAACUGUAAGUAUUAGGGAUACAUAUACACAUAUAUACACAACACAUACACACACCGUACACACAUAUAUAUAUUGAAGCACAAUUGCAUUGGAAGAUCGCGCCAUUUGUACUUAAAAAUCAAAUUGUACGAAUAAUAUUUUGAUGAAUUAUUAAUUCGACUUGCAACUGAUAGAAUUUAUAAGUGUGUUUAUAUUUUUGAAUUGAAAGUAUACGUGGUUGCGAUCGAUUCUGCGUGUUUUCGAGGACCGGUUAAAUAAAAAUAUAACAUUAUCCUUAAAAAAGAUAUUUUAUUUCUUAUAAUUUGAUAUGCAUUAUUAUACAUCACUGUGUACAAACAUUUAUAGAAGAGAAGAAUAUCUAUUUAAAAAAAAAUAGAUACUUCUUAUUAUUAUUACUAUUAUUAUUAUUAUCAUUACCAUUAUAAACAUGUAUUGAAUGUAAUAAAUUAAAUAUUGCUGAUAAUACAUAUACAUCUAAUAAUCA